GACGAUUGUGCUCCUCAGUGAUGUUCACUGUUGCUUUCAUUUGAUGAUGUUGUCGGGUGCUUGGAAAGCUUAGUUUUUCAAUUGAAUUUGUUUUUCACUUUAUACUGAGCCUGAGGAAUAUCUUAUCUGAGCCUGGAAUAUCGCAAUGUCAAUUUUGUUAGCGUUUGCGUGAGCUUGUUUCUACGUCUUGUAGAGGAAAUGGUUAAAGGUAGGAAGCCAUCUGCAAAGUGCCAGGUGGCUAGUAAGAUCACCUCAGCUGGUGCAAAGAUGCCAGAUAUUUCUGUGAAGUCUGCCACAUUAUCUCCUGUUAAUAAAAUGAUUGUGGGGAAACAGAAGGACAGAAUCACUGAUUAUUUCUCACCUGCAAGAUCUCCUGUGAUGGCUGAUGAUGCAGACUCUGCCAUCACAAGCACGGCGCAACAUGGCUUGAGAUCACAUCAACAACACCCCAUGAAGAGUGCUAGGCUCACUCGAACAAGUAGCUCCGAUGUUUGCCAGUUGCAAGAGAGUGAUGUUCAGGUUAUAAAUGAUAAAAGUGUGGACUGUGUGGUAUUAGACCCUGGAUACAGAUGCGAGGGUAAAAAGUUAGCUGGUACUAAAACCUUAUCCACAGAUGUUGAGAAUUCUUCCCAGCUUGUUGUUAAAUCAUCUUCAUUUAAGGCCAAAACUCCUCAUUUAAGCUCUCAUAGCGAUGCUGAGAGUGACGACUGUAUUGUUAUAGAAAAGGAUAUGGAUUGCUGUGCAAACCCAAGUUCUGGUCAAGGAAAAAAGAAUUUUCAUGGCUUCAAUGGUUUUGUGUCCUCCAAUCCUGCUGCUUGUGGCAAUUCAUCAUAUGCUUUGAGAAACACGCGGAGCCGUUCACAGAAACACAUUUCAAGUCAGAGCGCUCCCACGGCUGCUCUCAAGGUAGUCCACAUCAGCAAGAUGUGUGUUACUUGCAAUUCAUCAAAAGCAUCUAAUGCUUCUCCAGUUAUGAAUGGUGUAGGUCAAUACUCUUGCUGCACUAGUGGGAGCAGCAGUUGUAGCAACAGCAGCUGUGGUAGUAGUGUGAAUGGAAGCAGCUGCCCAAUAGUGUGUGAUAUUUGCGAUGGCCGAGAUGUCAUUUGUGAUAAUGAAUUAGACAAGCCAAUACUUCCAUGCUACUCUGACGAAAUUUCAUGUCAGUCGCCUUCUCAUUCAAAUAUGGCUGCAAAUGGUGUUGCCUACAAGUGCAGUUCAACAUUCCCAUGUGAUGUAACGUCACAAUCUCCUCACAAGAAGCAAUGUCAACUGGCAUCUGCAUCCAAUGGGUUGCUCACUGAUCAAGACCUCCUAUAUUCCGCCGUAUAUAAUAAACGCACCGCCAUGAUGCAGUCUAUUCAAGAUGCAGAAUUUGGCAAACCUUCGUUAUCAACUACAAGUUAUACUACAGAGCUUACAGAUAUUAGUCCCAAGAAGAGAAACCAUUCAGAUUGUACAAGUCCCCAAAAACACACUACACCUGAAGUUGGGUUUACUAAGUUGCAUCAUGGUUCACCUUCGCUGCUAGGUGUGGAACUCUCGAAUAAUGAUCUCAUUCCAUCUCCUAACAAGAAGUCCAUGCAGUAUUCUUUACGUCACUCCACUACUCCAAAGAAUAAUGUUGUAAAUUCUUAUGAUAGCUGCAUUUCCAGAAAGCCUAUGCCUCUAGUUGUUGACCUAACUGAAACUAGCAAGUCGUCUGAGGUAUGCUGUGCUGAGGAAGUGUCAAUAAAACCGUGUGUGAAGGAAUGUGGUGCAGACAAGCUAGCUGCAUUACAGCCCAGAUUAAACCACAGCUCACCCACUGUGCGCAAGCUUUUUACCGAGUCCAAAGACAAGGUCUCUAAUUGUGAACAAAAUAAGCCAGUUUCAGAUACUUCAGUAGCAUAUAAGACUCGAGUUAAAUCAGCUUGUACCUCUCCAACUUUGCGUGGCAAUGCUGCUCUUAAAACUCCCCCCAAGUCCGCCAGCUCUUCAACACCUUCCACUCCUCACAAGAUUCAAGUGAUCGGCAAUGCUGAGGAUCUCUUCUUGAGCCCAACAACGAGCAAUGCUAUGGGUCGUCUGAGCGUCUGCAGCCCUAAACAGCAUCCUGGUGUGGAGAGCAAGCGCACCCGCGGCCGUAAAAGGUUGAAUAUGAGGCCAGCAAAUGCUGGAGUGGUAGUUGUGGACUACACUAACUCAAAAAUGCUCGAUGAGGCUAGCUCGACCCGAUCUUCCAUACCUGAUGGCAGCCAUGAUGCUGUUAACAGUGCUCACUUGGGGGCUAAGAAUUGGAGCCCUGGCAGUGGCAGCUUGAAUGGAUUUGUACGUCCAGUCACCCGCAAUGCUAAGAUGAUGCAGCUGCAACACUCUAAUGAUCUCAAACUCAAUGCCAACAAGUCAACGGGAAACAUAAUUCCUGAUCUCAUUAAUAAUAAGCUUGAUAAAACCAAAGGCCCAGCAAUUGACACAAUCAAUCUCACAAACGGUGAAGAUACUUCAGCCAAGAACAAAAAUGCACAAAUGACUGACUUCUUCCCAAUCAGAAGAUCUGAGAGGAAACCUAAAGCCACGCUCAUGUUAGAAAGACAAAUGGCCAUUGAGAAAAAGAUUUUGAGUGGCUCUGAGGAGGGACUGAGAGUUGAGCAUUUUGGCGAGAAGGGGCGAGGAGUCGUGACAACGAGAAUGUUCCGCAAGGGUGAAUUUGUGGUCGAGUAUGUAGGCAAGCUGCUUGAUGUUAAAGAUGCCAAGCUACGAGAGCAGAAGUAUGCCAUGGACUCGACCAUGGGCUGCUACAUGUACUACUUUGUCUUCAAUGGCGUGCAGUACUGUAUUGACGGCACGGAAGAGACGAGAUACCUGGGCCGCCUUGUAAACCACAGCCGCACCAACAACAACCUGGUCACGAAGGCUGUGUGCGUGAACGGCCAGCCCCACCUCAUCCUGCUUGCCAAGAAAGACAUCCCGCCUGACACCGAGCUGCUCUACGACUAUGGCGACCGCUCUAAAGAAGCCCUUGCCAACCACCCUUGGCUGGCCUUUUGAUCGCCAAAUCGCUUUAGCGUACCUAAUUGAUCACUUUCGUACUAUAUCACAAUUCUCUAAUUAAUAGAAUUUCAUGAAAUGCUUGGAAUAGGUCUUAUUGGCCGGAAAAUUCACAUUCUGGCCACAUUUUAAUUCCAAUAAAUUUAUUCUGAGAGAAAAAUGAAGAGCAAAAACCAUUCUUCAUCGGUUACAUAUUUCGUAUCACAGGACAGAUUCAUUGCCCAAUUCAAUGCAAUAUCUACACUACACCUGACUUAGAUUUGUUUACUAAUAUUGAUUGGAUCCACGUGUGUUCUAGAUGAUAGUUGUCUCGUUGGUUUAGAAUUAUCUAGCUAAUAUAUCUGUCUACUUUCUAGGCACACUAGCCUGGACAGCUAUAUUGGCCAAUUACGAUCAAAAUACCGUGUAUUGUGACAGUAUUUGCGUUCCUGCCAUUGGUCAUAUCUUAGUAAUGGAUCUUUGGUAUGGCGCUUACUAAUUUGGCACUGUCAACUAUUAAUAGCUCUACUAUUACCGUGACUAAUGAUAUUUGUUCAUGUAAUAAAUUGACAAUCGAUAGCAACCCUGUUUCCUCGCUGUAUUCAUGACUGAAGCCUGUAUUACCUGGUCUCUUUUUCUUGUUGGUUUGCUUUUCAUCGUUUAUAUUCUGAGAAGUGUUCCUUAAUGCACACAAUUUGUACGCUGCGAUUGUGUUGGAUAAAACAAAACUUUAUGAUUUUUAGGUUUAUUUUUGUGAUCUACGCAUGUCUUCAUGUUCGUUGUGUCCAUCUUCUGGUGUCUUGCUAGUGGUAUCUUCAUUCGACCACAAUUAAACUAGCAAUUAUUACAAAGCUACGAUUUCUGAUAAUAUACUGCUGCCGGAAGUGUGUCUUCCGGCAGCAAUAUAUUCCGGCCAUGUUCUAAAAUCUCUUGAGCGCCGUGUAUUCUACGAUAAUUGUGCUCUCUUAUGAUGAACUCGUGUAUGGUGAACUGUUUGGCUGCUGUAGCUGAGAUGGCCGUUUGUGUGUGUCAGUGUCAGCUACUGACUGCUACUAUGUAGCCACGCGUUAUAGAGUGGCUCGUAUUUAUAUUGAUUACAUCAAUAAUUUGAGGUAAACGUGGGCAUCAUGUGAACUUCUAGUGUACAGUAAAUUUUGUGCCGUGAAUAUUUUAGUCUUAAACCUGUGUAGACAAGCAUUGAACUUUAAUUAUUAAAUAUAGAUCGGCGAAAGUGAACUCAGCCGCCGGGUGCUGUGAAGAGGCUAGAACUGCUUUGUAUGUUCCUGUAGCCUUGGCGUUACGUGUACCAUGUAUCAUUAUUUUUAUAGUUCCUCUGCUAAGUCAUGGCCGAGCUCAUUUCGCUUAUUGAUCAUUUCACAAUUUGCUGUGCUCUUCAUCUUCUAAUGCGUUAUGUUGCCAUGCACGACCUAGAAUUUGUAAGAUUCUUUCUUCGAAAUGUAAUCUAGGGAGACUUGGCUAUAAAUACGUAAACAUAUUUCAUAAUACUUGACAAUUGUUAGUCUUGCCCCCACAUGGUACUUCUUUCUUUCGCUAAGCUUAUCUUUCAGUGCUUGGAAAAGACAUGAUUCGCAGAUAUGUGCUUAGGUACUAGUGGCUAUGCGGUUCUGAACUUGAAAUUGUUUUUUUCCAAUCUUUUGCAUCAUGUAACAGUAGAUUCUGUGCCACUGUAAUAUCACAGUGUACUUUUCAUCCUCAUUAUUCAUGCAUUGUAAUUGAUGCACUGUCAUCAUGCAAUUUAUCAUACAAAUUUUAGGCUACACAAGUUCAUUUGCCUUCAACUUGAAAGAAUAAACUAGUUAGGGAACUGCAAAUUUAAUGACCUGCUGUGAAUGUGAAGUGUUCUUCAAACUGGCUGGUCUGAUACUAUUUUGAUUAUUUGUGUCUAACACUCUGACUUGUUGUCAUGCUGGACUAGGGAAUUAUUUUUAGGACAGUUCCAUUGCUGGCAUAGUUACUGUCCUUUACUAAUCUACGAGUUGUAUAUGCCAAUAUGUCGCGAUAUUUUUGUUAUUAAUUUGAUUCUUUAAAUAAGCCCGUGAGUAUUUUGUCGUUUUUGGAUCAGUGAGUUUCUAGCGCAACGAUAGCGACACCGAGAUAACAGGAGCCGUGACUUCCUUUAAUUUUCUGCGGACGGCAUUGCCGCCUCUCAACAUUUUUGUAGCGUACAUUGUUAAUGCCAUGUGUGACAUUCUUUCGUGUUUUUGCUUUCUCCAUCACCAAAGAUGGAUGUUGAAAGCUGUGAUAAGAAAAGAGUUUUGUUUCUUUUUAGCUCACACAAAAAUAUAUAUGACGUGCUUUCGCACGUUAUUAAGCAUUUAUUGGUUUCCACGCCCUGAUAAGGCUGAUAUACUAGUAGGUUGACGCCCCCUUCACAAUCUCAAACUUGAUUUCAAGCAAAACUUGCCAAAUCGUUAGGAAAAACAGACCAACUAGUUGCCUUCUGAUCAAUAGUUGAAACUGUGGACAUAAUAUAUAUAUCGCUAAAAGAAGCGAAGAUAGCCUAAUUUCAAAUUCAAAUACCAUUAUUGACAUAGGUUACUCGUUUGUAGUAAAUCCUUUUUAUUUUUCAUUAAUAUUUUAGUACGAUUUUUGUAAUUUUAUGUGAAAAAAGGGACUAGCGUGGAUUGAAAAUAUUUUUACCUGUGUUAUGUUGAUGUAUCAUCUUAAUCUUUGGUGCUGAAUUUUCUGCAUGGCCUCUUAUCAAAAAUCGGCGUUUUAAUUAUCGUUAACCAAAUCAGUGAAGACUAGUGUACCGAUGUACGUUGUUCUGAAAUUGUAGAGAAAGUCUGUGUGUCAUUGCGGCUCAUCUCUAGAAACGUCGAAAUAAGUGUAGGCAUUUUUUCUUUGUUCAACAUGGAUUCGAUAGCGAAAAAAUCGUCAAGCUAAUUUUUUAUAAUAUCUUCAUCGAAAAUGCUAUGGAUACCAGCGCAAUCAUCUGUUUAACAAAGUGUUUAAAUCCUCUCUUUUUGUAUUUAUUCUAAAGAAAAUGGAAGAAAUCUUCCGAGAUGAACCUAUUGUGUUGUAAUUAGACUAUUUGUGUACAGGAGCAUUUAGCACCUAAAUAACAUAUUCAGUUCUAUUUUAUAAAUUCUAUAUUUAAGAAAUCCACACGUUUCUCGUUAAAUAACUCGCUUGCACAGCGACCAUGUCUAUAGAAUUUUUCAACCGUCAAAAUGAUCGAAUACAUGUGGCAUUCGAAAGCUUUCUUUGGUCACUCUAUACGUGGUACACCGCGUCACCGUUCUUUUUUUUAUUUAUUUAAAUAUCAUUAUUCUAUGCAGCUUCCUAAUUUUUUAUUAUACGAAUCAUUUAGUGUGAGAUUAUACGAAAAUUUUGCCCAAAAAUUUGUUCUUAGGUUAUCGAAAUUCUUGAACAAGAACAGCGUUCAGAAAUACCGGAAGAUUGACGAAGGCUUUAUUGGCAAUUAUCUGACGUCUUGUUGGAAUCGCCCAAAAUGAUUAUAAAAUUCAAAAUCGCAAAACAUCAUAAUUGUUAUCUUUUGUUGAAAGCAUUUUUAAUAUAUUGCCAUACAUUGAUACUGUAGACAUGCUUGGCGCACUUUAAUUGCCCGAAUAAACGGUGACGUCGUGUACCUUCACAGAGAGGUUAGUUAGUAUGCGAUCUGUAGGUUUAACAUUCCCGUUUUUGCCAGAAGAAUUUUGUUUUUUGGGCGUCAGAGAUGAUGAUUGUUCCUAGCACAGCCAAGGUAAAUAGCCUGUUCUUGUUACCACCAAAUCUCUGCUGAACAAUCUUGACUGCGUAUAUUUUCAUAACAUAUCCUUGCUUAACAUUCAUGUAAAUUUUAAAUUAGAUUUAUCCUUAAUAUUCGAUGGAUACAGAAUGCAGAAUACGAGCGUCUCCAUACUUGUUCAGAGAAAUUCACAUUCCCAUCACCUUCGUGUUCAUCAGUGAGAGAGAAGUUUGAUAUAUGGGUUUGUGCAUGGCCGUUAUGCUGCGACCAUGAUCCUUGCAGGAAUUCUAGUUUAAACCAAAGUGUGUUUGAAGUCGCGUGUUAAGAUCUUAGAUAUUAUUGGAAGGAUUGACCGCACGGAAGUGCCUCACAUUCGUUCCUUUUGUACGUACUGCAUUCUGAUCGCAGGGACAUUGCCGCUUACGGCUCAGCUGUUGAGCGAUUUGCUGGCCUUGAUUAAUAUACAUCUUGACUAAU